UGAACUUAGAAGAACCCGUAAACAAUGGGCAAAAUCGUCUUUAUUUCUACUCUUGUUUUGUUGCUGUUGGUCAAUGCAACCGUUGACAGCAGUUUAUCUGACACAUUUGAUGUGUUUGGUAAGAUUGAAAAUAUGGACCUGGAAGAUGAUGAACUAGAGUUUGUGGACUUGUCACCCUGGUCCACAAGUCAACAUGGUAGCAAGAUUCUCGUAAACGUAGAUACCUUUGGUGCAGCUGGAGAUGGAGUCUCCGACGAUACAAAGGCGUUUGAAAAUGCAUGGACACAAGCCUGUUCUGCAGCAAAAUCUGUGCUUUUGGUUCCUCCUGGUCGUACUUAUCUAGUUAAUGCAACAAGAUAUAAAGGACCUUGUGUUGGAAAGUUGAUUGUUCAGAUUGAUGGGACAAUUAUAGCACCAGAUGAACCCAAGGAAUGGGACCAGAAAAAUCCUCGGAACUGGCUUCACUUUUCUAAUCUAACUGGGGUUACUUUCCAAGGCCGUGGAGUUAUUGACGGAUCAGGCCAGAAAUGGUGGGCUGCAUCUUGCAAGAAGAACAAGACAAAUCCAUGCGUAGGAGCACCAACGGCAUUUACAAUUGAUCAAAGCUCAUCUAUAAAGGUGAGAGGUCUUACCUUCCAAAACAGCCAACAGAUGCAUUUCGUUAUCUCGCAUUGCCAAUCUGUGCGCAUCUAUAGCGUUGUAGUUUCUGCUCCUGAAGACAGUCCAAAUACUGAUGGAAUCCAUCUUACCGGAUCAACAAAUGUCGUUAUUCAAAAUAGCAAAAUUGGAACAGGUGAUGAUUGUGUGUCAAUUGUGAAUGCUAGCUCAAACAUCAAGAUGAAGAAUAUCUAUUGUGGGCCCGGUCAUGGAAUCAGCAUAGGAAGCCUGGGUAAAGAUAACUCUACAGGCAUAGUCUCAAAUGUUGUCGUCGAUACAGCAUUCCUUAAGGGCUCUACUAAUGGCCUCAGAAUUAAAACAUGGCAGGGAGGAUCCGGUUAUGUUAAAGCUGUAAAGUAUCAGAAUGUGAAAAUGGAAAACGUAGCCAACCCUAUCAUAAUUGACCAGUUCUAUUGUGAUUCACCUAAAAGUUGUCAAAACCAGACAUCGGCUGUGGAGAUAAGCCAAAUAAUGUAUCAAAACGUCACUGGAUCUUCAAAGAGUGCAGAGGCAAUGAAAUUUGCAUGCAGUGACACGGUGCCAUGCCAUAACAUAAUAUUGAAUAACAUCAACUUACAAAGGUUUGAUGGUAAAUCGGCCCAGACUUAUUGCCAUUCGGUUACAGGCAUAAACUACGGGCUAGUCCAACCUUCUGCUGACUGUUUAACUUCUUCUGACAAGUCCUUCAUUGAAGAAACAAGAGAAACUGAGUUCAACGACUCGAUCCAUACUGAGCUUUAGCUCAAACUCCUCGAGUAAUAGGCACUCUAGAGGUUAUUUUAUAUAGUAUUUGAAUUUGAAUGUUGUUUGAGGCUGUCAUGGAAAUAUGUGACACACUCGAAGAUUUACAUAUAGAUGCCAUACACUUCAUAGUUUUAUGAAAAAUCAAAAAUCUUGUAACAUAUUUAUACAACAUGAAACUAUUUUAGUAGUUUCAUCUCAUAUUGUCAUGUUUUACAAAUCAUGUGUCAUAUUUUGGUCAUAUAUGUGUAAUAAAUGGAGACAUAUUCA